GUCAGGCUGGAAUGAGGGAGUGAAUGUUCCGGGUCAGAAACUGGAGUGAGAGGAAAUUAACUCUCGGCCGAGGAAAACACGACACGAGAAAACGAUUAAAAAAAAGAAAAUGUGAUCGUCAAAAAGAGCGAAAAGAUUCUCAAGUAAAUCGGUGGGAUUAUUUUUGUGUGUCGAAGCAACAGGGAUAAAAGUGCGGACGAAAACGGACGGAGAAAAUAGAAAGAGCGCUGGAAGAGGACCAGAGAUUUUAUCCCAUGUUACUCCGAGGACUUUAUUUAUGCCUGGGGAGUUACUUUCGAUGUCUGCCUGCUGCUGAUACUCGCAGGAACAGCCGGACUUAAGGCGAGGAAGUGGAUCCUUGCGGAAGGACUUUUCAUUUGAUUUAUCGCAUUUUUCCGCUUAAGUAAAGAGCUGCCCGAAGCCCGUGAUGUUUCAUUGUAUCCCCCUGUGGCGGUGCAACCGUCACGUUGAGUCGGUCGAUAAGCGGCACUGUUCUCUGCUCUACGUCCCGGAUGAGAUCUACCGCUACAGCCGCAGCUUGGAGGAGCUGCUCUUGGACGCGAACCAGCUGCGCGACCUGCCCAAGCAAUUUUUCCAGCUCGUGAAACUUAGAAAACUGGGUCUGAGUGACAAUGAGAUCCAGAGACUACCUGCUGAAAUCGCGAACUUCAUGCAGCUGGUGGACCUCGACAUUUCCCGAAAUGAGAUCAUGGAAAUUCCUGAGAGCAUCUCGUACUGCACAGCUCUCCAGGUGGCAGACUUCAGUGGGAACCCCCUGACCAGAUUGCCUGAGAGUUUUCCAGAGUUACGAAACCUAACUUGCCUGUCCUUGAAUGACAUUUCCUUGCAAGAACUUCCUGGUAACAUUGGAAACCUUUCUAACCUAAUAUCCCUGGAACUUCGUGAGAACAUGCUGACAAUUUUACCAGACUCUUUAUCUCAACUCCACCGACUGGAAGAGCUUGACCUUGGGAACAAUGAGCUGUAUAACCUACCUGAGACAAUAGGCUGUCUUGUCAACCUCAAGGAUUUAUGGUUGGAUGGAAACCAGCUAGCUGAGAUUCCCAUGGAAGUGGGAAGCCUGAGGAACCUGCUCUGUCUGGACGUGUCGGAGAACAAGCUGGAGCGCCUCCCAGAGGAGAUCGGCGGCCUGGUCUCGCUCACAGACCUGCUGGUGUCGCAGAAUCUCAUAGACAUUCUGCCAGAGAGCAUAGGCAGGCUGAAGUGGCUGUCCAUUCUGAAAGUGGAUCAGAACCGGUUGCUUCAGCUGCCUGAGAGCAUCGGGAACUGUGAGAGCCUGACGGAGCUGGUGCUGACCGAGAACCAGCUCACUAGUUUACCAAGAAGCAUAGGAAAAUUAAAGAAACUCUCAAACUUCAACUGUGACAGGAAUCGGCUGCUGUCUUUACCAAGAGAGAUCGGCGGCUGCUGCAGUCUCACCGUCCUGUGUGUGCGGGAGAACCAGCUCUCACGGAUUCCGGCUGAGAUCUCCCAAGCCGUGGAGCUGCACGUGUUCGAUGUCUCUGGGAACCGGCUGGUCUUCCUGCCCAUGUCCCUAACGUCCCUGAGGCUGAAAGCCCUCUGGCUGUCUGAGAACCAGUCUCAGCCGCUUCUCACCUUCCAGACGGACGUGGACCCAGAGUCGGGCGAGAGGGUGCUCACCUGCGUGCUGCUCCCCCAGCAGACCAGUGAGCCCGAGGGCAAAGGGUCCGACAAACUGGCCCGCUGCGGUGCCCUGGAGAGCCUGGUGAGCGACAUCGCGGAUGACACGUGGGACGAGCAAGCCAUGCAUCGGAUCAGCGCCAUCCGGUUCAUGGAGGAUGACGACGAGGAUGACGAUGAGAAGCAGGGGACCUUCCUGCGGCAGGCCACACCCCACCCCGGCGAGCUGAAGACCAUGAAGAAGACAGUGGAGAAUCUGCGCAACGACAUGAUGGCGGCCAAAGCGCUGGAUACCAACAAGAAUGAGGUCAAUAAUGCUGUGAACAGAGUGACCACAUCUGUGUGAGACUUACCUCAGAGACUCUUCCAACAUCACCCGCGUGUGUCUUACCCUCACCUUACCCCCGCCCCACCCAGCCCGGCCCCUCCAUCUCCUGACCCUCUGAGAUGCCAGACGUCAGGUGCCCAUGUGCCUUCCACACGGCCCGUUUCCAUGGCAAUAGCCAGCACAGGUUUCUGGCUGUAGACAAAAACUCCAGAGCUUUUUAAAUACGCAUUUUUUAAACAUGGACAUACAGGUAGUUGCACUAUAAAGUCAGCAAAAUAUCACAGCUGUUAAAAUCUAUAUGAACUUUUAUUUUUUUAAGCACUGGGUGAAUUUCUUUUUACGUAUUCGGGUUACCUUCAUACCCAGGAACAUUGACCUACUGAUUAACGUUUAUUGUAUAGUUUUCUGUGAAUAUUGACUUUUACAUGCUUGGCAGCUCGAAUGGUGUAAAUAAAAAACAAAACCAAAUGUAUAGCGGCUUUCUUAACUGACAGUGGAUUUUUAAAACUCUCUUAAAGAUUGGUACGUAUUUUAUUUAAAUAAUUAGAAAAAACAUUUUCUUGUCUUCAUAAUACACUAUAACUGUUUAUAGGUGAACAGGCUGCAUAAAAUUUUCUAAGGUAUAUUUUUUUAUUUUUGUAAGCUGCCCGUCAAUGGGAUGUGAACUAUUUUAAGGGCUAUAAUGACCAACCAAACCACUCAGACUGUCUCAGCUGUCUACUUAGAUGCUUUUAUGUAAAUUUCUUUUUUUUAAAACACUUGAAAAACAACUUUUAAGAUUUGUUUUAGGUGAGGGGGGUGGGACAUGCAAUAUGAGCACAGGAUUGGACUGGUUUUGAACAAGAAUGUGCUUUUUUAAAUAUUAACUCUGACUCUGUGGCAUUAAAUGUUGUUUUUAUUCUGUAAUGCCAUUGUUUAGGGUGAUGGUACACUUCAGAGUGUCUGGCGGUGUGAAUCUGCGGUGUGAAUUGUCAGUUUGCUCAUUUGCUCGGUCAGGAGAGAGAGCAUCAGUUUUGGUUUCGGCUGUUAAGACUGACGUCUUCAUUGUUUCUGUCUGAGAUCUAAGCUGCACACAAGCCUGUGGACUUAUUCACAGCCUGCUGUGUUUGACUGCAGAUUGAGGUUUUUAACCACUGAUUUCUUAAAAAUUAAUAAAAGUGAAUUUUGAAAGAA